GUUAACUAUCGCGAGAGAAAGCAUCCGACAGCUCAUCAGAAGAAACGUACCGCUCAGUUCUACGGCAUACUCAACACCAGCAGGACAGUCAUUUGCCAUAGCGAACCCAAUCCCGCGUUCCCAGCCGCUUUCGUCGUUCUGGUCCGCUCCGGUCCGCUCUCCCCUUACCGAACCUUCGGCCAUGUCCAAAAUCGAGGAAAUUACCAGCGUGGAGGCCUGGGAGAAACAUGUAUCCUCGUUGCCGCCAUCCACGCUGUUGAUCGUUUCAUUUCACGCGCCAUGGGCGGCACCGUGUGCCCAGAUGGCCACUGUGCUUUCGACCUUGGCCAGUGAAUACCCCCUUACCGAGCCGCCGUCGACGUCGUGGGUAAAGAUCAAUGCAGAGGAGUUGUCUGAUAUAAGCGAGGCCUACAACGUGACAGCCGUUCCGUUUCUCGUUCUCAUUCGGAAUGGAGAGGUGCUUGAGACGGUUAGCGGCAGCAGCGCCGUCAAGGUCCGGAACGCCAUCGAGAGUCACGCAAGCAAGACGGGGGCAGCGACGGCGGCCCACAACGGCUCGGCCACGUCGGCCGCGAACAACGAGGCAGAGGUCACAACGGAGGAGGAUCCGGAAAAGAAGAAACAAGAGCUUUUCAAGCGUCUCGGUGAACUGGUCAAGGCGGCGCCCGUAAUGCUAUUCAUGAAGGGGACCCCUAGUGAACCGAAGUGUGGCUUCUCGCGACAAAUGGUGGGGAUCCUGCGCGACAAUGCUGUCAAGUACGGCUUCUUCAACAUUCUGGCCGACGAUGAGGUGCGGCAAGGGCUGAAGGAGUUCGCCGACUGGCCGACGUACCCGCAGCUAUGGGUGAAUGGUGAAUUGGUUGGCGGCCUUGACAUUGUCAAAGAGGAACUGGAAAGCAACCCCGACUUCUUGAAGCCGUACAGUGUCAAGGCAAAUGGCGAUGGCUCCGUUGCGGCAUCUUGAACAGUCUAUCGCCUGCUGCCAGCCCAUCGUGUAGCAUCGCGACUUCUCUCUCGGUGGUCCACUAUGGCACCCCGUCACCACAAGAAGUGUUUUCCACGAAGCGAGCCCUGCAAUCGAGGCGGCAUUGUUUCCCUGGAAUCCAUCGAGUCUGGGCCGCUUCACGAUUGGGCGUAAUGGACGGGAAGGGGGGGAAGAGUGGUGAGAUUCCACUGCACUGGGCACAUUGUGGUUCGAGCUGUUACGUCGAAUGAGGGGAAUGGAGGUACAUACACCGUGUGACUCAUGUGGCUUACCUUUUGGUAGCAUGGACCAGAGCUUAAUAAGCUGCGCCAC